AUGCUUCAACAUCAUGGCCAGCCGUGCUCUUGUGGUGAUCAUCACUCACAUGAUGAUCAACACCAUUCGUUAGAAGAAGAAUGUAGAAAAUUAUCUACCUUGCUUUUUAACGAGGAAACAAGACAAGAAAUUGAACAAAUUAUUCUCGACGUAUUAAUUCCUAAUUUAGUUUCUUGCUCGGAAUUUGACAAUAUUGAAAAGCUUGUUGAUGCACUUCUACAAAACCCGUCACUGUUCUUAAUUAUCUAUCAAUUUUGCUUUGAGAUUUUUGCUCCAGUGGUACACUUCAGCAUUUCCCUACGCAAGAUUGGAACAAAUCCCGAGUUAUUGAACAAGGUAUUAAAAUUAAUAUCGUUGAUUUGUGAACACUCCUCUCCUAAAGAGAUUCACUCUUUGUUGAUGGAAAGUAUCACAUCAAAUAUGGUGGAAGUUGAACUAAAUACUAGUGACGUCAGUCAAAACGCUCUAUUGGACAUUCAUAAUUAUGGGCUUGACCCACAAAACCGACAAUUAUUGGAUCACCAAUUACUUUUACUACAAUAUUUCUUUAACAAUCUCUCAAGGUUUACAGAAAAUGAAAAGAGAUGGCAAUUUAUCAAAUUUAUAGACGUCGUUCUAUCAAGAGCAUGUAGUAUAAGAGUUGAAUGUAUUCAAAACGAGGCGUUCGGAAUGGAAGAACAAAUGUCUCAAGAGCUACAAAGAAAGCAAAAAUCUGAUAGAUUGUUUUUGGAAUACUCUUCAACACUCAUUGACUCUGUUUUUACCCUCUCUAAAUAUCUAUUUCACAACGUAAAUUAUGAAUCAUUUUCAAAUAAGAUUUAUUUGAGACGAGAGUCAGAUUGCAUCAUGCAAGCAUGUUUCUCAUUUCUUGCUAAAAUUUAUUCCAAUGAUCAAUUAAUAGACGUUUGUUCGAACAAUGGACAGAUUGAUACAAUUAUGAAAACCAUUUCUUCAUGUAAAAAAACUCUCAAUGAAAUAUUAGAAUAUUUUACACGGUUUAAAACAUGGUCAGAGGCUAACAAAGCAUCACAAGAAGACCACUCCGAAAGCGAUGAUGACGAAAUUUCACAUCACGAAGAUGACAAUGAAGAUCUUAAAAAUUUUAUUCCAUGGGACCCUCGAGGUAUUGCUAUAUUUCUCUAUCUACUUUUUGUGAAAAAGCUAGAAAGGAAAUAUUAUGGUAUUUUAAUAUCGUCUGACUUGUAUUUAUUUAUCAUGACGAAGUACUAUGUAGAGUUAAUGCUACAGAGCGGAAUAGCGUCAUUUGGUCGGACUGGACUCUACAUUUUACAGUACUUAUUUGAACAUCAUGUUAAGAAAAAGGGGUCGUUGUUCAUGAAAGAUCAUGUUCAUGAAUAUGAUAUGGCAUCCUAUUUUGAUUUAUCUCAAUCAUUAGUUUCCUUCAUUACCAUGUGUCCAGACAACAAAUUGCGUACAUUUGCAUACAACAUAUUCCAAAGCUUUAUUUCAAGAUUUGAGGAUGAAGAUCGAUUCAACCUACUUUAUCAUAUACUGAACAAAUGCCCGUAUCCUUAUAUGGUGGCAGUUGUUCUUGACAGAAUGAAAGAAGAAAUUAUUUUAGAAUAUAAUGCUCUAUUUCAACUUAUUGGAACAGAGAAUUUAGAAAGAGUGAAACAACAGAAUACCUACAAACCAUCGCAACCUCCCAAAUUAGAAGAAGUUAACGAAUUUCUUAAGAAAAAAUCAGAAAACAAUACGGAGAACUACUUUUCUCAAUUUGUUCCAACCAAUGCUCCUAAAUUGAAUUAUGAUCAAAAAAUCAUGAACCUCAUACGAUUACAUGCAAAAGACUCGAAAGCAUUUCUUGUUCCACACAAAGUUCCCAAUCUCAUUAUUGAGCUUCUAGAGAAGUAUGUAGAAAAACCUUUUGAAGGAGAUAACAUUCAAGUAAUUUUGCGAGCUCUCAAUCUCUACUACUUUUUAUUGUUGAGGGAUGGAGAACCUAACGUGACAGGUAUCAUGGACACAGAAAUUGUUUCGAAAAUGGAGGAUAAAAUUUUAAGAAAAUUAAGAGAAAAGAAACAAGCACUUGAGAUUCUAAUUAAGGAACAAGAUGAAGCUCCAAACAAGAUAUGGAGGAUGAUGACAUUGAUUAUGAAGAUCUUUUAG